CUUUCUUCAUUGAAUAUAGAAAAGAAUAAUUCUUAUAUUUAUUAAACAUAUAAACUUUGAUUCCUUCCAUAGUUGUCAUCACCUUUUGGCUUAGAAAAGUAAAAACUUAUCGUUGUACGUGGUUCGUGUUGUUGUCUGAUCUGCGGGCUAAGCAAUUUAUAUGUUUGUGCCGUUUCGCUGCGACUUUGUCAAUUUUGCUUGUCGAGCCGACUUUUCUGAUAUUUUUCAAGCCUGCUUGUUGGAUGAUUGUGGGUUGGUUACAGAGCAAUGAGUCGAGUUCAGAGGAUUACCUCAGCUAAUGGAAGAUUGAAGAACUUAAUGAAUCAAACUGAUAACUGCAUUUGUGCUGACUGUGGUGCUCCGGAUCCAAAGUGGGCAUCAGCAAAUAUUGGCGUCUUCAUAUGCUUGAAAUGCUGUAGUGUGCACAGAAGUCUUGGUGCUCGCAUCUCCAAGGUUUUAUCUGUGCAAUUGGAUGACUGGUCUGAUGAAGACAUUGAUGCCAUGAUUGAAGUUGGAGGAAAUUCCUCUGCUAAUGCAAUCUAUGAGGCCUAUAUACCUGAAGGUUAUUCAAAGCCUGGCCCAGAUAGUACUCAUGAUGAGCGGAGCAGAUUUAUCAGAUCCAAGUAUGAACUUCAAGAAUUUUUGAAAUCUAGCUUGCGGAUCACAUCAAGAAAGAGUUCUGCUUCUAUUCAAUCAAGCUUUUCUACUAAGAUUUUGGAUAGUUUCCGGAUAAAGUCAUCAAAGGAACCGGAAACCGUGGUAGAAUAUAUUGGGUUACUGAAGGUCAAAGUGGUAAAAGGCAUAAAUUUAGCCAUCCGGGAUAUGCUGACAAGUGAUCCUUAUGUUGUCUUGACGCUUGGGAAGCAGACUAUUCAGACGGCUGUAAUAAAUAGCAACCUUAAUCCAGUUUGGAAUGAGGAACUCAUGCUGUCCGUUCCUCAAAAUUUUGGGCCCGUGAAGUUGCAAGUUUACGAUUAUGACACAUUCUCGGCAGACGACAUCAUGGGAGAAGCAGAGAUCGAUAUACAGCCAUUGAUAACAUCUGCAAUGGUAUAUGGGGACCCGGAAAUGUUCUCAAAUAUGCAGAUAGGGAAAUGGCUAAAGUCCCAGGAUAAUGCGCUUAUAGAGGACAGCAUCGUGAACAUCAUUGAUGGAAAGGUGAAACAGCAAGUGUCACUCAAGCUCCAAAAUGUUGAAUGUGGAGAAAUUUAUCUACAACUAGAAUGGCUGCCUCUUGACCAAUAACUAUAUUUCUCCAUCAAAUACAUUCUUUAGUAUUGUUUGUUUUGUUGGAGUUGAAGGAAAUGAACCUUGACUUAUUUAUUUGUAUUUAUUCAUUUUAUUCUUUAUGAAUUACUUCUAGCUCGUUGUUUA